AUGUCUAACCUUUCAAAUAACUGUUAUGCUACAAAUUUACCUCAAAUAUAUUAUUCAAACAAUAUGAAUAAUAAUGAUAAUCACAUUAUCAAUAACAAAAACUAUACAACUUUACAAAAAGAGUUUAUUUUACCAAGUUUUAAAAAUCUUUUAACUACACUAAACCACACUAAACUUGUAAGGAUUAAUGAUUACACUUAUAUUUCACCACCAAAUAGUAAUGAUUUAAAUUAUCACACAGGAACUAUAUCUCCGCUAUCAUUAUUACCACAGCAACAACAGCAGCAACAACUCCCAGCUCCUGCUUCUGCUAUUACAGCUACAAAGACUAAUACUACAAAUAAUACUAAUGCAGCUCGCUAUUCAUUGCCACACUAUAUUUACACUCCACCUGUUCAAAUUAUAGGUCCUGAACAAUUAAAUCCACAUUUUUUACAACAACAACAGCAGCAAAUGCAAAUGAACUAUAAUAACAACAUCUCUGCAUCUUAUCCUCGUAGUUUACCUGUCUACAUACCUAAUAUAAAUAUGACUAUUAAUCAACAACCACAAUAUCAACAGCAAGAAAAUGUUUUACUACCACAGAAUUUACCAACAACAACGGCUUUAAAGAACCAUUCUGCUCCAACAAAUAAUGUAGAUACAACUACUACUGCUACAACCGCUAGCACAGUUAAAAAAUCUGACAGUAAAACUGUUAAAUCUGACAGUAAUAAAAGAAAAAAUAAUAAUAAGAUAAAGAAGAAAAGAAAACAAAGAAUAACGAAAAAGAAUAAAAAAAUUUCAAAUAUUAAAGAUUUACUUAAUCCAAUAUCAAAAAGAUCUUUUUCUUCUUCUUCCUCCAAUAAGAAAUGCUUUCAAUGUCAAGAGACAAAUACACCAGAAUGGAGGUUGGGACCUUAUGGUAGUAGAUCCUUAUGUAAUGCAUGUGGUCUAUAUUACAGACGUCUUAUUCAAAGAUACGAUUUGAAACAAGCUAAUUUGAUUAUGAGGUUUAAUAGAUUUAUUCAACCAACCAAUGUAAGACAAGUUCCAAGUCAUAUUGAAAUCCCACAUGAUAUUAUUAAGCAAUUUGAUAUGGAUCCAACCUUAGAUAAUAAUUAUAAUACUAUAAAUUAA